AUUAUUGAAAGGGUUUGGACUGAGAAGAAACAAUAAUUAUUAUUACAGUAUGGAUAUGCUCUGAUCUGAAGAUCUGAAGGCAAUGGCGCUGCUAUUCUCACGAAGAGCAGUGUCGCUUCAGCCACAUUGCCGGUGCGCCUCUGCUUCACCUGAAACAGCUUGGAGGGUGUUUGGUGGAAAUUUUAUGGGUGAGCACUACAAGGAAAAGAAUGUUCGUAAGUGGAAAGAAUCCCUUCAAGAUCGACGGAAACAAUUUGCUCGUGAGGCCAUACACGAAAGAUAUGAGAAGAUUGUGGCGAACAGGGUAGUGUCAAGAGUGCCUCAUCUACGGUCCGUUCAUCGACAACGCUUAUUGAAUUUUGUAGAGCUAGAAAACGCAAGAGUAGCAGCUUACAGAAAAUAUGAAACUCAGGAAAAAAUGAAGGUGCUGAAUGAAGAGCUUGAGGAGGCUAGCGAAGCGGAACGUGAAGACCGUGAUGUUGCUGACAUUAACAGGCGAGAAAGAAUCGAGCACUUCCAGAACGAAGGCUUUGUCACGCUGGAAGGUUUGGAUGACGCUGUUGAUGCUGCACUGGACAAUCCCGUUGGAUUUGGCUCGGCGCUAACACGCCAGGGUCAUCGUGUUGAACGCCAAGUGGAGGCUCGCACCACGACCACCAGUACUGCUGAUGCCGAAGAGUUCCAGGAAGAAGAGGAUCCGGAUGAAGCUGACUGAGUGCAUGUUUUCAUUUCCGGUGUGUGAAAUAAGCGCAUGCAAACCAAGGACACGCAGCAUGUACAGGGACACAAUACUGGCGAGUGAAACAUGAAACAAUGUGAUUCCGCUCCUGUGCUGCCCAUUCCAAUUGCCCUCGGGACGCGGCCGGUCUAUGCAAUCAAAUGCACAAUUACAAAUGUGCGUGUUAGCUCUCUGUCUGUUGUAUGCAGUUGCAUUUUAUUUAUUUAUUUGUCAACUGUCUGCUAUUCACACACGUACCGGCCAGAGUCUUUGCCAAGAGUAUGCGGCUAUGAUUAGGGCGCUUUGCUUGGCGCACAGCCUACAUUGUAUCAUUCAUCUGCAUCGCGCCCUGUACUCGUGAAAACCGCUAUAUCUCAUGCUGUAACGCCAGUAUUUGCUUGAUUUCUUUUGCUCCAGUCCCAGGGCGAUCUGUAGAUUCUGGGCACACGAACUUCACUUCCAGUCCAAACGUUACUUUCCAACCGA